CUCUUCCUUUCUCUAGCGGCCACUCCGCAUCGAUGGACAAACUUUUUCUCCGGCGAAUUCUCUCCGGUAGACUCCCUCCGGCAACCUGAAAAAAUGUACCAGUGCGUUAAAAAGUGUACCAAUCCAUUAGUCUACUGGUAAUUAAUAUACCAGUGCUAGUGGUACGCUACCAAUGCGUUAAAAAAUGUAGCAGUACUAGUGGUACGCUACCAGUACAGCGCUACCGCUACCAUAUUGUAUCGUACCACUAGCAUUGGUAGCGCUACCACUAGCAUUGGUAACGGUACCAGUAGAGAAUAACACAAAAAAACAGAUGAUAGUGGUACCAGAUGAUAGGGGAGCCACUGGUACGUACUAGUGAGUAGUGGUAGCGUGCUACCAGUGGUAUUGGUACCCUACCAGUGCUCACUGGUACAUACCAGUAGAGACUAAAACAAAAAAUCGGAUCUGGAAAAAAAUAGGGACGAGGAAAGAGGGAGGCAGGGAAGAGUCUUGACCUCGCGGCGGCGUAAAAAUGGCGGCAGGGUCAGCGUGGCACGACGGUGAGCUUAGGGGUGACGGGGGCAGCGUAUCGCGGCAGGAGCGGCGGGGACAGAGGGCGCGGCAGGGCGGCGGGGACUGCAGGCGCGGCAGGGCGGUGAGGACAGCUGGCGCGGCGGAGGUCAGGGGUGGCGGUGGGCAUGGGAGAGGAAGAGGGAGAUGCGGAGGCGGCAACGUCCGCGGAAGAAAGGGAGGAAGGAAAGAAGGAGGUGAACGGUUAUGAAGUUGGUAUGAGUUAGAUUAGGGUUUUAUUAUUUUAUAUGGGAGGAAAAAUGAUUGGGUAUGGUAAGUUUUUUUCAUCCCAAAAACACCCUUCUUUUCAUCUCAACCUUCAAUUUAAAAAUAACAAGGAGAGAGACAAGAGAGAAUACAUCUAAUGGCUAUAAAGUAGGUUGUCAAACCCACAACCCCCUUAAGGGGUUGUCACCAUAACUCCCGACAUAAGAUGGUAAUAGAAUUUGACUAAGUGU